AUGGUCCUAGCAGCCGUGACUACACCCUAUAAGGCUGUCGCAGAGGGCUGGACUGUGGCGGCCCAAGGGGCACUGCCUCUGAUUGUGGCCGUCAGUUUUUCCAGCCAGAAUUUAGAAUGUGGCCUGCGGUGCUACGAGCUUGGAGACACCACUGGCGACCCCAUGGAGCGUGCGCCAGGUCUCCUGGUGCCCCUCCUGGGCCUGGUGCUGGCCCUGGGCCUGCCAAAGGUGCCGGCCAUGGACUGUGGGUCCCUCGGCCCGGCCGCACGCCUGACCUUCACGCCGGUGGCCCGAGCUCGGUGGCUGGCCCCUCGGGUGCGCGCGCCGGGGCCCCUGGACCCUCUGUAUGGCACCGUGCGCCACUUCCUCUCCUCAGUGCAGCUCAACCCCUUCCCUGCCGAGCUGGUGAGGGCCCUGCUGAAUGAGCCGGCCAAGGUGAAGGUGGACGAGGUGGUGAGGUACGAGGCAGGCUACGUGGUGUGUGCUGUCAUCGCGGGCCUCUACCUCCUGCUGGUGCCCACUGCCGGACUCUGUUUCUAUUGUUGCCGUGGCCACCGGCGCUGUGGGGCCCGAGCGAAGAUGGAGCACAAGGAGGUGGCCUGUGAGCGUGGCUUGUUCAUGACUUUUCUGCUGCUGACCACCCUCGUGCUGCUGGUUGGCAUUGUCUGUGCCUUUGUCACCAACCAGCACGUGCAUGAGCAGACGGGCCCUAGUGUUGAGGCUGUGCCUGAGACACUGCUCAGCCUCCAGGGCCUGGUCUCUGAUGUCCCCCAGGAGCUGCAGGCGGUGGCACAACAGUUCUCUGUCCCCCAGAAGCGUGUCCUGGAGGACCUGGAUGGUGUUGCCACCAGCAUUGCGAGCACGAUCCACGCCCAGCUCAAGAGCACUGUGUACGAGACAUUGGCUUCACUGGGCAGCCUGGGCCAGGCCCUGCAGGCCUCCGUGGACCACCUCCGAGCCCUGAACACCACCCUGGUGGAGCUGCGGGAGGGGCAGCGGGACCUGGAGCAGGCUGUCCAGGUGCACCGCGAGCGACUCCGUGACCUACUGCAGGAGCCGGGCUGCCAGGGCUGCACAGAGACCCUGAGCCAGGCACAUGGCCUGGAGCUGGGAGCUGACUUCAGCCAGGUGCCCCAUGUGGAUGAUGUCCUGCACCGGCUGGAGGGUGUCCCGGAGGCCAGCUUCUCCAACAUGGUCCAGGAGGAGAACAACACUUUCAAUGCUCUCCCGCUCCUGGCUCCCUUGCAGAUGGCGGACGUGGUCAAAGAGCUGAAGAAGGCAGUGGCCCAGCAGCCUAGAGGGCUGAAGACACUGGCCAAAGCGUUCCCAGACUGGGAGGCAGACUCUCGCUGGAGCCAGGCACUGAAAAAAGUGGAAAACAGUAGCCGCCCCUACCUGAAGGAGGUGCAGAGAUACGAGAAAUACAGGUGGAUUGUGGGCUGCAUGCUCUGCUCCGUGGUCCUGCUUGUGGUGGUCUGUAACCUGGUAGGCCUCAGCCUGGGCACCUGGGGGCUGUCUGCCCGGGAGGAUCCCAGCCCCUCGGAAGCUAAAGGCAGAGCCGGAGCCCGCAUCCUCAUGAUCGGGGUGUGUCUCAGCUUCCUGGUCGCUGCGCCUCUCAUCCUACUGGUCUUCUCCACCUUCCUGGUGGGAGGCAACGUGCAGACACUGCUGUGCCGGAGCUGGGAGAGCGGGGAGCUCUACGAGUUUGCUGACACCCCAGGAAACUUGCCGCCAUCCAUGAACUUGUCCCACCUGCUCGGCCUGAAGAACGCCAGCAUCUUCCUGGCUUAUCAGCAGUGCAGGAAAGGGGCUGCGCUUUGGAGGGUCCUGCAGCUCAAUAACUCCUACGACCUGGAGGCGUACCUGGAUAUGAGCCAGUACACAGCCAAGCUAGAGCGGGAGCUGCAGAAGCUGAGAGUGGGAGUGGAGGAUCUGGACCUGCUGAGCCCCGCUGGCCGCCGAGACUUGGAGGCCCUGCAGAGCAGUGGACUCGGGAGCAUCCACUACCCUGGCUACCUUGCCCAGAUCCAGGAGCCCGUGGUAAAAGCCAACAUGGAGAAGCUGGCCCGUGAACUGGAAGGACUGGCUCAGGCCCAAGCCAGUUCUGUGCUGAAGAAGCAGCUGCAGGAGGAGGCCCACGGGCUCAGACACCUCUACCAGGAGAAGGUCCUCCCCCAGCAGAACCUAGUGGCCAAGCUCAACAUCAGUGUCAGGGCGCUGGCAUCCUCAGCACCAAACCUCCAGCUGGAGACCUCAGGUGUCCUGGACAGGGUCACCCACCUAAAAGGACAGCUGCCUGCAUGGGCCACCCGUAUCCUAAGGAAUGAAAGUGAGUGCUUCCUGACCCGGGAGCUGGGCUACUUCUCCCAGUACGUGGCCUGGGUGAAAGAGGAGGUGACUCAGCGCAUCGCCACCUGCCAGCCCCUCUCAGGAGCCCUGGACAAUGGCCGUGUGAUCCUGUGUGAUGUAAUGGCUGAUCCCUGGAACGCCUUCUGGUUCUGCCUGGCAUGGUGUACCUUCUUCCUGCUCCCCAGUGUCGUCUUUGCUGUCAAGACCUCCAAAUACUUCCACCCCAUCUGGAAACGCCUCAGCUUCAGCAGCUCUGAAGAGACUCAACUCUUCCACAUUCCCCGGGUCACCUCCCUGAAGCUGUAGGACCCUCAAGGGGUUUCUGGCAAGAGGUGCUGCCCGGGCUGGCCGCCUUCCCCUUUGACCUGGCCUGGACCAGAGGACUUCUGUCCCUCCUGCCCCCAGGCUGCUUUCCAGGCCUUGACUGUCCCCCAGUUUCCACUUCCUGCCCCAUCUUGCCUGUUCCCUUCCUACCCUGUCUGCUCACAACUCCUUCAUUUAUUCUCAAAAACACCCUGCAGUGCCGCUGAGCCGAGCCAGCAGGUGCUUCAGGUGUCCAUCCCUUUUCCUCCUCGCUCUAACAUGUCAGCACCAGGAAGACCCUGCUCUCCACCUGUUGGAACCCCCCUCAGCCCCUCGGGUGGGACAGAGGCCCUGUCCCCACUCUGUCACCACCUGCCCCUACCCCUGCUGUGCCCCCACUCUCCUUGCCCCUUAUUCUCAUCUGCCCUCCCCACUUGCCCCAGCUUCAUUGUGUCCUUGCCCCAGGCCUUACAUUGUCCCCCCAGGAAAUCUCUUUCCUCUUUGUCCUUCUUUUACCUUAUCCCACUACCUUGCUGGCCCCUAGGGACCUCUCCUGCCUGACCAAACUAAUCAGGUAAAGCCACAAAGCAGUCAAGGGGCCACCAGGGCCGGGGCCUUGGCUGACUGCCUCAUGGCCUCUGAGCCUAUUACUGCCUGGCCUAGAUUUCCUGGCCUCCAAGCCUGUCUGAAGGCUGAGCCCCCUGCCUGCACCCUAGGUUGGAAAUAGCGCUGCUGCCCCUCAUCCUCUCUGAGUACUGGCUUUCCGGGAAGGAACCUGGGACUUAGGCCUCCCCUCAGUUCCCCAGAACGUAGCCCCACCUAGCUUCCCCAGGAGGGACCUGGUGGCUACAACAGGAUUUUGCACUGUGGCCCUGACUCUUCUCCUGUGCAUGGGGCCUGGGUUGUCCCUGCUCCGCCCCUGUGCCCUCUCUGCACGUUGGACCCUGCAUUCCAGAAAGGGGAAAGGAGGAGGAGCAAGAAGGGAUGGACAGACCCCUCAAGCUAUGAAAGCACUCACUUCCUAGGCUUUGUCCCUGGGUCCUGUGUGCAGGUGAGUGACAGGUAUUUGUUGUGGGGGAGAGGCUGAGGCCGCCUCUGGCCACAGGCAUCAGGGGUUUCCCCAGCAACCAGCAGAUAAGAGGGGCCGCUCCUGGAGCAGACAGACCUGGGUCUGUGUCCCCUCUACUGCUGGUUAGUGUGGGCACCUGGAACUUGUCAUGUGGGGCCCCUAGGCCUCAGUUUCUCCAUUUAUAAAAUGGGGAGAAGAGUCAUAGCCUCCUCACAAGACUGUGAAAAAUGUAACAAUACCUAGAAAGCUCAUGGCAGGGGCCUGGCAUAAAACACAUGCUCAAAUGCUGCUGCUUUUUGCUGUGACUGCAUUGGGCCAGAGGCAGAGCUGGAUCUGGGCAGAAACAGGGAAAAGAGAGAGGGGCCCCGUGCCAGGGAGCCUUAAGAUGUGGUCUGCUGAGUUCAGGAGUGUCUGUUUAAUUACGUCUUACAAACCAGCCACAAAUUUGUUACCAGGAAUUAGGAUGGUACGUACAUGAUGUCGCGUCCCUGUUGCAAGCACUCUCUCACACGAGCAUCCCUGAAUGUACUACAAUCCCCUCUUUUUGGCUUUUCUCCGAGAUUUCUUCUCGUUUCUCAUCUGUUUGCCCUGUGCAGAUAAGCUGUAGUGCCCUGCAUUUUAAGAAUGAAAUUGAUGGGAUGAAAAAACAAAAAAGAAAUGAUUAAAAAAUCAUUUCCAGUUCUCUAUCAAAAUUGUCUAUCUUUGAUACAGCUCAGCACACUCGGCACAGUUAUUUUAAAGUUCAGUAACUCCCUGAUACAGAGCUCCCAAGAGUUUUUCUGUCUGUUGUUCCUCUUGGUUUUCGUCCAUUUCAUCCUGUCUCCUCGCAUACUUAGUGUGUUUGAUUGAGCACUACACAUUAUAUCUAACACCUAUAGAAAUAAUUUGAGGUGUAGAUUGAAGUUAUUUUUCCCGAUGAGCAUUAUGUUUACAUCUGGCAGGUGGGGGCUUGGGGUCUAGCUUCUGUCUCCUUUCUGGGCCCGAGAUGGUUUGCAGUCCCUUGGAGGGCUGAUCUGCUUCCAGUCCUUUCGUGUUCUGGGGGCAAAGCUCUCUGGGAUUCCUCCCCCAAACAUGAAAAUCUUGCCAGCACCCCUCCUCUUCUUGAUGGGCCUAGUUUUUACCUCCUUAGUCCCAGAGGCCGGGAACAACUCUGCUCAGCAGCUUGCAGUAUCUUCUGGGACCGGCAGGGACCAUGGAGAGAAAGUGGCCCCGGGUGCCAGGCACACAUCUCUGGGUUCUUUCCUUUCCCCAGUCUUGGCCCUGCGAGUCCUCGCUGCCUUGUUUGCUCCCCAACA